AUGUACUAUUUGGGUUCUGGUGGACCGCUGCCUGUUCAGGGGUUCAGGGCAACCUUUGGCUCACUUCAUUUGAGAAUCCCCGUCCACCACCGGCGCACUUGCCACCGGAAUUCCCCACCGCCGCCGCUGCCCCGCCGUCGCGGCGUCAUGCUCCACCUCCGGAACCGCAUACUCCCCCACCUCCUCUCAGCCACGCCCUCUCCUUCUACAUCCCCACUCCUCUCUCUCGACCGCCUCCUCUCCGCCGUUUCCCCGAACCCUAGCUUCGCCGUCGGCGACUACCUCGUCGACACCUGCGGCCUCACCCGUGCCCAGGCACUCAAGGUCUCCGCCACGCUCUCCCACCUCAAGUCCCCCGCCAAGCCCGACGCGGUCCUCGCCUUCCUCGCCGGCCUCGGCCUCUCCGGCGCUGAUGUCGCGGCCGUCGUCGCCAGGGACCCGAAGAUCCUCUGCGCCGCCGUGGAGAAAACGCUGUCCCCCGUCCUCGCUGGGCUCACCGGCCUCGGCCUGUCACAAGCUGAGAUUGCGCGCCUCGUCUCGUUCGCCCCCGCCCACUUCCGCCUCAGAUCCGUCGUCUCCAAGAUAGAGUACUACCUGCCGCUCUGCGGCUCCAUCGAAAACCUGCUCCAGCCGCUCAAGCAAGGCUCCUCCAUCCUCGGCUCUGACCUCGAGAGGGUGGUCAAGCCCAAUGUCAAUCUCCUAGCAGAGUGCGGGCUGGGUGCUUGUGAUAUUGCCAAGCUCUUCAUCCGUGUGCCGAGGAUACUUUAUGCCAAACCAGCGCGUGUCCUGGAGAUGGUUGCGUGCGCCGAAGGUAUAGGUGUGCCCCGUGGCUCCGGAAUGUUCAGGCGCGCUCUGCAGUCUGUUGCAUUCCUCAGCAAGGAGAAGAUCGCCACCAGAAUGGACUACUUGAAGAAGACGGUUAGGUGGUCGGAUGCGGAGGUUGGCAUUGCUGUGUCCAAGGGUCCAUCUGUGCUCGUGACGUCAAAGGACAUGCUGAAGCGCAGGUCUGAAUUCCUUAUCUCUGAGGUGGGGUUGGAGCCGGCGUACAUUGCCCGCCGCCCAUCAUUGCUCAAUUAUAGCUUGGAGGGCCGGCUCAGGCCCCGGUACUAUGUUAUGAAGUUUCUUACGGAAAACAGAUUGCUCAAGCGUGCCAUGUGCUACUAUACAUUUGUCAAGGCCACCGAGAUGGAAUUCUUGGACAAGUUCAUAUGCCCUUACAAGGAAGCUGCACCACACCUUGCUGAAGACUAUGCAGCUGCUUGCAAAGGGGAAGUGCCAACUAGAUUCAGGUUUACAUGA